UGAUUUCUGUCGAGAACAGACUUUUUAAGCGCUGAGAUGAAGCUGGAUUGACUCAGGAGACGGAACAGCGAGGAGAUCUCACCUUUGAGCCACGGGACCUUUUUCUUAUUCAGUUCUUCCCACCUUCUGCAGUUUUUCUUGCCUUCUUUUUGCCCGCAGCUGCAGAAAUUUAAUAUAAAGACAUCGUACCUGUAAUACUAUGAUCUUUUCCACUGCACCUUUUAAGGUUUCUUUAACCAAGCAGCAGACGUAUGUGUCCCCUUCCAACCAUCAGAUGGCUCCACCAAGCCCCAACAGCAACACCACCACCACCACCACCACCACCAUCAGCAAUGGCAGCAGCAGCAGCAGUGGGGGAGAGCAGCUGAGCAAAACCAACCUUUACAUCCGUGGCCUCCAUCCAGGAACCACAGACCAGGAUCUGGUCAAACUCUGUCAGCCAUAUGGGAAAAUUGUGUCCACCAAGGCCAUCCUGGACAAGACGACCAACAAAUGCAAAGGCUACGGGUUUGUUGACUUUGAUAGUCCAGCCUCGGCUCAGAAGGCAGUGACAGCGCUGAAGGCUGGUGGAGUUCAGGCUCAGAUGGCCAAGCAACAGGAGCAGGACCCCACCAACUUAUACAUCUCCAACCUGCCGCUGUCCAUGGACGAGCAGGAGCUGGAGAACAUGCUGAAGCCCUUCAGCCAGGCCAUAUCCACACGCAUCCUCCGUGAUGCCAAUGGGACCAGCCGAGGAGUGGGCUUUGCCAGGAUGGAGUCGACAGAGAAAUGUGAGGCCAUCAUCCAACAUUUCAAUGGAAAAUAUAUCAAGACUCCACCUGGAGUUCCAGUGCCAUCAGAGCCCUUGCUGUGUAAAUUUGCUGAUGGAGGCCAGAAGAAGCGUCAGAGCCAAGGAAAAUAUGGUCGGCCCUGGACAAGAGAUGGGGAGACUGGAGGAAUGACCCUCACUUAUGACCCCACCACAGCCUUACAGAACGGGUUCUACUCCUCUCCCUACAGCAUUGCCCCCAAUCGGAUGAUGGGGCCAACCUCCCUGUCCCCAUAUAUGCAUUCACCUGUGUCCACCUAUCAGGUACAUAACCCAUCCUGGAUACAUCACCAGUCAUACAUAAUGCCGCCCACAGGAGCAGUCCUGACACCCGGAAUGGACCACACCAUGUCCAUCCAGCCAACUUCCAUGAUGGGGCCCCUGACGCAGCAGCUCAGCCACCUUUCUAUGGGCAGCAGCGGCACAUACAUGCCUGCAAACACAUCUAUGCAGGGGACCUACAUGCCCCAGUACACCCAAGUGCCUGCCACCAACAUCUCAGUUGAGGUAAUGACCUCUCUUUUAGUGUUUAACACUAAAAUGCUGUGCCAAACGAUAACUCUUCAUGCUUCUUUCUCUCAGGAAAGUGCCGUCCAACAACCUGUUGCCAUAGAGACGCCCACAGAACACACAACCUACUCCUACCAGCAUAACAAGUGAAGCGAUGGAGCCGGAGUGAUUCUCAAAGGGCCCAAGUGCUGAAACUCAGCACAGUGACUCUGCACGUAAGGCACCAGGCACUCGGGAGGAACAGGAGCUGUUCCGCAGAAAGGACACACUCAAAAAGAAAAAAAAAAAAGAUAUUUUCUAUAAACUCAUAUUUUAAAAAGAACUCUUUUACUCCAAACAAGCAAAGCUGGAGGGGAGCAGGCAGUGGGAAAUGGAGGAACAGAACAAGGAGCAUCUAUUUUGAUAACAGUCAAGAAAAAAAAGUCACACACACUACACAUUUAACAGGUUUUCAUAUUCUUUUCUAAUGCUACUCCGGGGAGCUAGAAUGAAACCAGGAAAAGAACAUUUCAACACCAUGUUUUAUUUUAAGUCCUGUUUUGUUUUGACCUUUUUUUUGUAAGAUAUGCUGAUUUUACAUCUUUUUUUUUGUCUGAUACUUUCAGGCUUUGAACCUGCCUUUUUGUACAUAAUUCUUUGUUUCGGUGUGUAUCUACCUUCACAUGUCCUACUUUGAUUGGUGAAAAUAUUUGAAUACAGAAAAAAAUUGAAGUCCUUCAAAAAGCUGAUGACUCAUUGUAAAGCGAUGUGGUGCUGACUUGGAUUAGCUUCUCUUGAAGGGGCAGCAAGUUUAUCAGGUAUGAGAUCUUACCUGUAGUGGUCUCAUUUCUUUUUUUUUGGCACUUGACUCUCAAAUAAUUUAUAGUUCCAACAAUCUCGACAAAGCUUCAGACAAUCAGGAGAUUACUCUACAAGGAACAUUUUCAGAUGAUGGUCAUCAGUGUCAGAUCUCACAGAGCAGAUUUCUCUAAAAAGAGAUAAACGGAUUUAUAGCAUUCCAGAUUUUACUAUCAGAAAGUCGGUUCACUUUGAGCCGAAGAAAUCCAAAGUUGCUUAACAGGGAUCACAUCUCACACAUAGCUGCCUGUAAAUAAGAGAUUAAAUUUAUUCAGGCUUUCUCUUGGUUUUCUUUUUUAUCCAUGAAGAGAAGCUUCAGUUGUUUUAAUAACUACAUUAUACCAAAUGGUCUGGACAUAGCGAUGUAUGCGUUGCUGUGUUAUCUGAUGUUUCUCGUAUCCCUUUUAUAAAAGGGGAAGCUGACUCUCCACCAAGUCCCAAAAAAUGUAUUUUCUGAAGCAAAAAAAUUAGUUGUUAUUUAAGUAUGAAGUUCUUAGACAUGGAGAUCAACUGGUGAAACACUAUUUAGGUGGAUUGUUCUGGCCAGUAUAGAGAAGCUUUAAUACUGGCCAUUGCUGUGUGUUUGCAUCUUCUUCUGCAUCUCUGAUUUCCACCUUCAUGUUUUUUUUUUGUUUUUUUUUUUACAUUUGUUAUUUAAAGGUUUCUUUUUUUAAAUUCCAUUUUAAUACUUUUAAGACGAUCCUAUUUUUCAAAGAAGCUUUGAUUUUAUUUUUGAUAGUGUGUUGUGUGCUUCAAAUAGUGCAAAAUAGAAGUUGUUUUUUUUGAAAUAGUGAUUAUUUGUAUUGUUCGUUUGCAUACUUUUUGCUUGUUCUGGUUUCAGUGUUGAUGUCAAAGAGGCUUUAAUAUUUUUUAAAAGACAUUUCAGUUCCGUCUGUGUCACAAAUGUUGGCACUUUAUAAACUGUUCAUGGAUGAAAUAUAUAUGCUCGGUUCAGUUGCAUUGUUACAGAGCUGUACCCACAACAGUUGGGAUCAGCAUAAGAGAAAUUUAUGUUUUAAAAAAAAAAAAAAAAAAAAACUCAACUUACCUCAUCCUGCCAGAGUGAUGUAGAUUCAGUUUGUGUACAAGGUUCACAGGCAAUAAGCAACUGCAGUAGGUCUCAUGGCUGUUCACAGCUGGUACUGUGUCCACAUCCUUUAACUCUUCCGUCCAAUGUUCGGAAAAUACGCCCGAGGUCUGAUGAUCUAUGCAAUUAAUUUAUUAUCCUUAUAAAUGCAAUACUACAGAUAUCCAAGAGACACCUCACAUUAUGACGAAGGAUCACCUCACAGAUAUACAUUCUGGCUCUUGUGGCUUUUAUCUUUAAAUGGAUUGUUUUUUUGUUUUCUGACACAUCCUUGGUUCAUAACUUGAUAGUGAAAUUGCUACAUUAAAAGGGAACUAUUUCAUACCAAAAUGUGGUUGUUAAUAUUAUCUUGGGAAAUGUAUGAACUCUAAAAAAAAUAUAUGAAAAAAAUGAUGGCAGGUCUGGUUUGUGUGUAUAGAGGCAGGCUUUGCUGACUUGUCUGCUCAAGUUUUAUUUUCCAUCGACAUCAUCCGGUUGUUUUAGGUGUGAGUCACCCUUCCAUCCAGUUUCAGUUUUCAUGGUAUGGUUUUGUGUCUCACCUCGUCCUGUUUGCUAACUUGCUUUUCUUCCAUGAAACUUUCAUUUGUAGUAGAAAAUGAAACUUCACAGAAAUGCCUUAGAUUUCACUGGAAGGGAUUGUGAAGUGUUUUUUUGUUGGGCUUGACCUCUGACUGGAAAUGAUUUCAUUGUACUGCAGAUGUUUUAUGAAACUACUCUGAACAUAGAAGCAAAGAAGCGUCUGAACUUUAAAUCACUAUCUGCUGUUCCGUUGUCAUUCCAUUGUGUUAAUCCAAAAAUACUGAUGAAAAACUGAGCAGUGGCUGAUUCAGUCUAAAUACAUUUUGCUGCUAAUUAUGGAUUGGAAGUAUUUGAAAAAUCUUUCAGCUGAAGGUCAUUCAGUCUGUCACACAUGGCGACAGUUUCUAACUCAACAACAUCCAUGAAGUCUUCUGUUUUUGUGCAUCAAACCUCUCCUUAGUAAACAUUUGUGCCAUGAUGUAGGUCUUCUGUUUCCUUCAUAGAAAAAAAAAUCCCCACAGCUAUGAAACUCGGUCUAAUUUUGAAUUUGCCAUUUUUUAAUAAAUGUUUUUUUUCCA